AUGGUGGUGGAGAUGGACGUGGAGUGGCGCCCGGGCAGCCGGAGGUCGGCCGCCUCCUCCGCCGUGAGCUCCGUGGGCGCCCGGGGCCGGGGGCUGGGGGGUUACCACGGCACUGGCCACCCGAGCGGGAGGCGGCGCCGGCGAGAGGACCAGGGCCCGCCGAGUCCCAGCCCGGCCGGCGGCGGGGACCCGCUGCAUCGCCACCUCCCCCUGGACGGGCAGCCGCCCCGAGUGGCCUGGGCCGAGAGGCUGGUUCGUGGGCUGCGAGGUAAGAGCGCGCGACCCGCAGCGGCUGAUGCACAAACCAGAGCUGCGGGCGCCGGCCAGAGCCAUCGCCCGCUGUGGGCAGCUUUCCGGGGCUCCACCUCGCAUCCCUCCUGUGUCCCCGUCUCCCUUGCAAGCGCGUACCCCACCUCUGCUAAUUGUGCUCUACUUCCGGUACCCAUGCGGAAUUCCACUGCGCCCUUGUUUGUGCAAAUUUAUGGGAUACCUCCUUCUUCUAACAGAAGAAGAUGGAAAGUUAGAGCUCGUGGAGGCCUCAAGGAGGGGGCUGAUAUGGUCACAUAUCAAGCUGAAGAUGAUUCUAGCAAGAAUGCAGAGAAUGGAGUGAGGCAGAUAGUACUGGUUGGUGGGAGACUAGGUCUCUGGGGAACAAGACUCAUGGAAGAAAGCAACACUAACCGAGAGAAGUAUCUUAAAAGUGUUUUACGGGAGCUGGCCACAUACCUCCUUUUUCUCAUAGUCUUGUGCAUUUUGACCUAUGGGAUGAUGAGCUCCAGUGUGUACUACUAUACCCGGAUAAUGUCACAACUCUUCCUAGACACCCCAGUGUCCAAAACAGAGAAAACAAACUUUAAAACUCUUUCUUCAGUGGAAGACUUCUGGAAGUUCACAGAAGGUGCCUUAUUGGAUGGGCUGUACUGGAAGACACAGCCCAGCAACAGAACCGAAGCUGACAACCGAAGCUUCAUCUACUACGAGAACCUCCUGUUAGGGGUGCCACGUAUCCGGCAACUCAAAGUCAGAAAUGGAUCCUGUUCUAUCCCCCAGGACUUGAGAGAUGAGAUUAAAGAAUGCUAUGAUGUCUACUCAGUCAGUAGUGAAGACAGAGCUCCUUUCGGUCCAAGAAAUGGAACUGCUUGGAUCUACACAAGUGAAAAAGACUUGAAUGGGAGUAGCCACUGGGGAAUGAUUGCAACCUAUAGUGGAGCUGGCUAUUACCUGGAUUUGUCAAGAACAAGAGAGGAGACAGCUGCUCAGGUUGCUAGCCUCAAGAAAAAUGGCUGGCUGGACCGAGGAACCAGGGCAACUUUUAUUGACUUUUCAGUAUACAACGCCAACAUUAACCUGUUCUGUGUGAUCAGGUUAUUGGUUGAAUUCCCAGCAACAGGCGGUGUGAUUCCAUCUUGGCAAUUUCAGCCUGUAAAGCUGAUCCGAUAUGUCACAACUUUUGAUUUCUUCCUGGCAGCCUGUGAGAUUAUCUUUUGUUUUUUUAUCCUUUACUAUGUGGUGGAAGAGAUACUGGAAAUUCGCAUUCACAAGCUACACUAUUUCAGGAGUUUCUGGAAUUGUCUGGAUGUUGUGAUCAUUGUGCUGUCAGUGGUAGCUAUAGGAAUUAACAUAUAUAGAACAUCCAAUGUGGAGGUGCUACUACAGUUUCGAGAAGAUCAAAAUACUUUCCCCAACUUUGAGCAUCUGGCAUACUGGCAAAUACAGUUCAACAAUAUAGCUGCUGUCAUCGUAUUUUUUGUCUGGAUUAAGCUCUUCAAAUUCAUCAACUUUAACAGGACCAUGAGUCAGCUCUCCACAACCAUGUCUCGGUGUGCCAAAGACCUCUUUGGCUUUGCAAUUAUGUUCUUCAUUAUUUUCUUAGCGUAUGCUCAGUUGGCCUACCUCGUCUUUGGCACUCAAGUUGAUGACUUCAGUACUUUCCAAGAGUGUAUUUUCACUCAAUUCCGUAUCAUUUUGGGUGAUAUCAACUUCGCAGAGAUUGAGGAAGCUAAUCGAGUUUUGGGACCAAUUUAUUUCACUACAUUUGUGUUCUUUAUGUUCUUCAUUCUUUUGAAUAUGUUUUUGGCCAUCAUCAAUGAUACUUACUCUGAAGUUAAAUCUGAUUUGGCCCAGCAGAAAGCUGAAAUGGAACUCUCAGAUCUUAUCAAAAAGGGCUACCAUAAAGCCUUGGUCAAACUAAAACUGAAAAAAAAUGCUGUGGAUGACAUUUCUGAGAGUCUGAGGCAAGGGGGAGGCAAGUUAAACUUUGAUGAACUUCGACAAGAUCUCAAAGGGAAGGGCCAUACUGAUGCAGAGAUCGAGGCAAUAUUCACAAAAUAUGACCAAGAUGGAGAUCAAGAACUGACCGAACAUGAACAUCAGCAGAUGAGAGACGACUUGGAAAAAGAGAGGGAGGACCUGGAUCUGGACCACAGCUCUUUACCACGUCCCAUGAGUAGCCGAAGUUUCCCACGAAGCCUGGAUGAUUCUGAGGAGGAUGAUGAUGAAGACAGUGGGCAUAGCUCCAGAAGGAGGGGAAGCAUCUCCAGUGGGGUUUCUUAUGAAGAAUUUCAAGUGCUGGUGAGACGAGUGGACCGCAUGGAGCACUCCAUCGGCAGCAUCGUGUCCAAGAUUGACGCUGUGAUUGUGAAGCUGGAGAUCAUGGAGCGGGCCAAACUGAAGAGAAGGGAAGUGUUGGGAAGGCUGCUGGAUGGGGUGGCGGAGGAUGAAAGACUGGGUCGUGACAGUGAAAUCCACAGGGAGCAGAUGGAGCGGCUAGUACGGGAGGAACUGGGACGCUGCGAAUCCGAUGAUGCAGCUUCCCAAACUAGUCAUGGUCUAGGCACACCCAUGGGACUGAACGGUCAGGCUCGCCCCAGAAGCUCCCGCCCUUCUUCCUCCCAGUCUACAGAAGGAAUGGAAGGUGUAGGUGCAAACGGGAGUUCCAAUAUCCACGUCUAGGAUGUGUGCUAGUAUGUGUUCCUAAUCGGUGAGAAAGGGGCUGACGUGUCCUGCAUUGCCAGGGCAGGUACACUCUUUAUAUGCCCUGACCACCGUAGGAUGCCGGUCUUUGUGACCAGCCAUUAAGUCUUCUGCACUUUAAUUUAUUUUAGAUAAACCUUGCCCAUGGAUCAAAGAAGAUUUUUUUUUUUCUCAUGUAAGAAAUCUAGGUGUAAAUAUUGAGUCUAGAAAAAAAGUCUUUGUAAAGUAUAUGGAGUGGUAUGCCCACUUGCUACCAUGGAUGAGUCUUCUCAGUUGACAAUGAAGUAGCCUUUAAAGUGAGGAGAGAAGCGUCAAAAGGCUUCUGAGUUUUAUUUCCAAUCAUGAAAAUCAGUAUUGUCAUUUUUGCCCAGUGUGUGAAGGGAAAGUAGGGGCAUUCCUUCCCAUGCAGGCUGAGCUCACGGACGUAAUACAUAGCUUUCUUUUAAGAAAGGAGCCUUUUGUUUCAACUACCUUCCCCGGGGUAAACUUUUCUAAAAGAUAAACUCGAAAAGAACUCCAAACCAUAGAAUGGGUAUGUAGUCAUUAUGCUAGAAUUUGUAUGAAUGGUUAAGAUAAAUGUUGGAUACUGUGCUUUUCUUUGGGUAUUGUAUCAUAUCUAAUGUCUGUGGGAAUAACUGUUUCACUUAAUUCAAACUAUUUUUGCUCUGAACUGCAUGAAGCCACCGAAGAUUGAUUGUGGAUUAAAAUGUCAUCUCCAACCAUAACAUGGGAAAAUUGGAAGGAGCCCUAUCACUAAGUUUGACUUACUCUAAUAAUUAGUUUAGUAUAAAGAUUUGUCCAUAUAUUCUCUUCCCAGGUGGCCCAACUUAUUUGCAACUGAUUUUAAUGUAACUAAUCUGGGAAGGCCAACUUACUAAAUGUUUUAAGUAUGUACUGAAGGUUUUAACUCAGCAAAUAUGUUCAUUUUACACAAGAAUUUAAAGUUUUGAAAUUCACAUAUAAAUAUUGUGAGACUAAAGUUUGAGUUUUAUGCCAUUUUGAGAAUAUAGAACUCAAAUACUUUUUUUUUUUUAUGAGAGGG